UAAUGUUGGUAUUACUCGUUUUAAUAAUGCCCGAUGUAACUCUGCAAUUUAUUUUUUGAACAAAAUUUUCCUUAUUUCUCAAUACGUUGUGAAAAAUGGAUUGGCAAUUAACGUGUCGAGUAUGUCUGGAAUCAGGAGAUAUGGUUUCAUUGUUCGAUUGGGACGAAAACAACGAUCAAUUAAGUGAUAAAUACACUUAUUGCUGUGGCGUGGAGGUUACAAAGAACGAUUCGCUACCGACGCUUAUAUGUUUAAUUUGUGUGGACCGUUUAACGUUUGCGUACCAAUUCAAGCAGCAAUGUCUUUCUUCAAAUAGCACUUUGAAAGAAUGCUUAGACGAAUUUCUGAAGACAUCAUCCCUUACCGGAACAAGCAGUAACGUUGGAGAUAGUUCAUCACACGCUGAUACUGAAACUAUAACAAUCAAACAAGAGAAUGGGCUCUUAUUACAAUAUGAGCUCCCAGUGGAACAUGACGCGCAGACCCAAUGGACCAGACGACUCAUCAAAACCCAGGAUAAUGCUGUGGUCAUCAAGGCACCUGGGCCCAAGAAGAGGGGACGGCCGAGGAAAUAUCCAAAUCAACAAGGCCAGAUUGAUGUAUCGCCAUACCAACGUAAAAAGCCGAAAGAAGAAACAAAAGAACCAGAAGCGCUGACAACUCUCCUGGCAUCUGGUACUCUGGAACUGAAGCAGGAGCCUGAUGAUGAGAAUGAUGAAGGGCUUUUUGAAUUGGAAGGAGUGGACUCUGACCCCGACUUUGAGCCUGAAGGUGAUGGUGAUGAGGCUGUAGAAGACCAGGACAUAAUCAAUGAAGAACCGAAAAAGCGUGGCAGACCGAGGAAGCUCAAACAGCCGAAGGAAGUCAAGGUCAAAGUGGAGGACGAAGACAUGUUGCUCAAGGAAACUAUACUCGCGUUCUCGGAACCGAUCUCCGAUAGUGUGCUGAACCCUAAGCCGAAGAAGAAGAAGCCGCCGACCAAGAAGAAAUAUGUGUACGCUAAAACACAUGUCUGUGAGACUUGUGGCGCUUCAUUCACGUCCAAUGCGUCGCUUCAAGCCCACAUUAGAAGACAUUUGGGCAUCAAACCGUUUGUAUGCAGUGUGUGCGGAUUUUCCACGGUCGCCAAGGAAUCGUUGAAACGUCACAUGUUGAAACAUACGGGCCAGAAGCCGUACGCCUGCAAACACUGUCACAGAAGAUUUGCAGAUUGCGGCAGUAGGCAGAAACAUGAACGAUUGCACAUGGGCAUCCGGCCGUAUCAAUGUUCGCUCUGCGGCAAGGCGUUUACAUAUUCGUACGUGCUAGCGAACCAUAUGCUCACACAUACUGGCGAGAAGAAAUAUUCCUGCGGUCCAUGCAACAAGAAAUUCACAAAAGCGCACCACCUCAAGUACCACAAUAAGGUGCAUCACAAGGAACUUUACUUGCAACAGCAAAUAGAACAAGAGGCCAAGAAGAUUAGACAACAGAUUAACGUGAAUAACCUGACGGGUGUGAUAUCAGGGCAGAUUGUGGACGGCACGCUACAGUUGAUACAUACUUCUGAAGACGGUGAGCACGAAACGCACAUGCAAGUGGUCGAAGAUCAUGAAGACAGUGAACAGAAGGAAACCGAUCGAGCAGUCGCCGAUAUGCAGGCGGUGGUUUUAGACUCUGAAUUUGCAAUGGACGACGAUGAUAGCAAGGAACACUGAUGCUCAUAUAAAUAAUCAUAAUCAUUAGUUUUUAAUGAACACAAAAUAAAUGGUAACAUAACAAUGUUUGCAAAUCAAUUGUAGAUAUAAAAUCAAUGUACGAAACCGUUUCUUCCAUUUUAAAUAGGUCUAUAUGGCACUUUAAAUAAAAACAUUAUUGUUAUUAUGCACUUUUUAUAGAUUUCUAGUAAAUGUUAAUAGAUCGAAAUAAAAUUUGCCUGUGAAAUAGUUUCACUUAUUAACGUUUUUGGAACAUGUGUUGUUAUGACAAAAAGAAAGUGGGAAUCUUUUAUUUUAGUUCACAACAUAUAAACGAAUAAACAGUAAAGUGUAGUUGUUAGUUUUUCAAAGAAAAUCACUUAUUUAAUACAACUACAUCUUUUUUCAAGAUUCCUUUUUAUUUGUAUUAGUUACUCUCAA